AUGGCUCAGACGCGUCCCCCGCCACAUCGCCAGCUCUCCCGCCUUCAUAUACCUCCACCAUUAGACAUCAGUACCCCAGGGGUUCCGGAUAAUAAUCCUUUAUACACCAGUCAACCCCCUACUUCUGCGUUCCACCCCGUGAUGUCGCCACAGCUCUUUAAUGGACCGGGCUUCCAAAAUGGCGUUAUCGCCCCCCCGAAUCUCGCUCUUCCUCCCCAUCUUGCCCACCAUCGUCCGCGUCCCAGCUACGUCCCUGCAAACAUUCCCCUUCCCCCAACGCCAAGCGCUGCCGUACCCCCUAACUUUCCCGUACCGGCCCCAAAUAUUCCUAACGCCGGGCUUCAAGGAAUCGCUCCAGGACGCCCCUUCCACCCUCGCCGAAGUGCUAGUAUCAGUAUUGGUGGUCCACCGAAAGCUGUACUCGGCGGGCCUCGGAAACCAGACCCACCACUCAAGAGCGAGAACGAAAGUGCAGUUGUGACAACAAAUACAGCCGCUAGUUCUUCUCAAGCUAAUGAUUUGGCGAAACCGAAACUCAAAAAGCGCAUCGUAAAAUUGCCAGUGGAAACCCUCCCAAAUAUUGAUGGGUCAGAGUCGACGACACCUUCUCGGCCCCCAUGGGCAAGGUAUCCCAUCCCAAUUGCACCAAGACAAGAGGAUCCGGCACUACUGCCGUUGGAGGAGAUAACAACUGCUGAAGAGUACCCGGAGAGCCUGCCCCGUGGAGCUCCUUUGCCGCCCAUUGGGCUCCUCCUCCCUGUGAAGGGUGCAUGGGAAGCAUUUCGAAAUCGCAUCAUUGAAGAGAAGCUUGCGAAGCUAGGAGUCGAAAGAGGUAGCCAAGGAGUGAAUCCCUUCAUCCCCGGCCAUACCCAUGCGCGGGCCACUUCGAUAUCCUCCCCAGCAGACCCUGCUCUCCUGCUUUUUAAACUCAAUAAGCUUCAACAAAGUCAAACUCAAUCAAUCCUAGCUUCGCCUCAGUCGAGUGACAUUUCCCUCGCAAGUGCACCUGGAGGUGCUUCACGUCACGCGUAUAGCAAGUCCAUGGUCCCCGCCCCACCUUCACUUGACAGGGAUCUGGGCGUGCCUGCACACCUCAAACGCUCGCCGUUACCAUCGUCUUCUUUGCACUCUGUUUCCGAAACGGAGGAUGAGGCGGAAGACGACGAUGGAGAUGAUGAAGGAGAGGAUGAGGUAUCCGAGGAUGACGAAGAUCGUCGGGAUAUUCCAAUCUUGGCGCCUCAACCCAAGACACCUAUGCAAGCCUCCAUGUUCCAACCCGAACCUCCUCCCCGUCCAGAUUUAAAGCCGGAUUUUACCAUAGGUUUUGGUUUAGACAGCCUAAGCGAGGACGAAAGCAUCCCAGCUGCCUUCGGCGUUCCCUCUCAGUCUCAAACUCAAUACGCUCUUCCACCUAUGGACGCGCUAGAUCUCACCGAGUUCGGACGCACUCUAUCUGGUGAAGCAUCCCCUGCCGCCACUGACGGGAAUGACAACGAUUCGAAUUAUGAUGAGAGUUUGACCGAAGGUGCAUUUAUCACUCCGUCACACAGCCGGCAUGCUUCUCGGGUCGCUGUGAAUCAUCUGCAUCGUGAGACAAGAUCGGGCUCGUCGUUGCCUCAUUUCAUCACGUCGCAAAGUGACUCUCAUUUGGUACCUCGGCUUGAUGAAGAAGGAAGUGACGAGAAGGAGAAUAUUCCUCCAUCUCAGGAAGGUUCGGUGUGGGGUGAUGACAGAGAUCAGGGAGUUAGCACAGAAGACUGGACGAACCCAUCGUUAAGACUGCAAAGGAGUGUGGAGGAAUGGAGGAAUCCCGACAAUCACGAAAAUCAAUUGGUGACCGACACCGAGAGCACCGGAGAAUGGUCCAACCCUUCUGAUGAAGAACGCCAUCGAAACGAACGCGCAGAGCGUCAUCUACGAAAAGAAGCUCUGCGAGCCCACCAUGCCAAUCAAUAUGGGCAACCUCCUUCAGCUUCAAUCGAGGACGCUUUCGGUGUAUCUCACCAACGUCCUAGAGAUAUUUCAGUUGAUAUCAUAUCGAAUCCAAGCGAUGAAGGUGUACACGAUCAAAGUGCUUACUUUUCAGCCAUGGAGCCUGUGUCAUUCAUCUCAGCUAGUAAGUCAGAUGAUGGCAACAUUAGACCUUCUAGACCUCUCCCUCUACCUCCUAAAUCGGAAGGUCAUAGUUUUGCCCCAACUCCCGCUGUCUUAGAUGGCCACAGUCGCGCAGGCAGCGCUGCAACCGCUGGUCCUGAACGAUUGAAUCCGUUAGCGAAACCAUUCAUCUUCGGUGUUCAACCAAGUAGUGGGAGUGACGAGCCCCAAGCCGAUUUUUCCGCACAACCGCAACAUGUGUCGCAUGUCAGACAAGGGUCAACUUCCAGACUUAACGCCGCUGCAAUCGAGUUCAAACCUUCCCUUGCAACCUUCAACUUCAAUCCUCCUCCGGGUGUCCCAUCACUUUCCUUUGCGGCAUCAAUUGAACUUCAGCGACCUCUUCCUAUGCCACCUUCAAGCCCGAGAGCAGUUCAAGGUCGGGAAAAACGCCGAAGACGUGGAUCUGGUUCGGGCUUUGGGUCGGGUGACGCCGCUCAAGGAGAGCCCAGGACCCAGUUCCUUCCGCAUUGGGAAGAAGAUGCUCUUGGUGCCAAAUUUGACACUACAACUGUCACUCUCAGCGAGCCGACACAGUCAAUGUCUCGCAGAGGAUCCAUACUCAAUCCCGCUGCUAAGCCAUUCAUCUUCGGCAGGAUGUCUGCAACACUCCCCACUGCCCGCCGGGGUGAUGACACUGUUGCACAUGGUGCGUAUGCAGCGCAUGGCCAUACAACCCCAUCUUCUGCGCCAGCCACCAUACCCGCUUCUUUCAAGAGGUCAACCGAUGACCUGAAGGAAGUAACUCCGAGACCGCUCACGGACGCACCGACGACUCCUAUUGGAUCCCCCGAUCGUAGUCGACGUGCUCCCCUACCCGAUUUCGGGCAUCCGGUGUCGACAAAUACUGUCCCUGCUUCUGUCUUUAAGGCUCUAGCUGUCACUGAUGGGGAUCAACCAACGAGGUCCAUGGUUCGCUCUCGCAUUAGCUCAAGAGAGCGAUUAUUCGAUGGCCAUCGCCCACAAGCGUCGCUGGAUGAUAUCAACCUCCCUUCAAUUGCUCGUCGCGUGCAGGCUGUUGCUGCUUCACGCCGCAACGAAGCUACUCGGCUUGGUUCGCCUCUCUUUGAUGUCUUCACAGAAUCGCCUAAGGGACGGUCACCUCAUGUGGGUCUUGAAAGUUCGGCCGACUCCAACCCACGCUCGGGCCGUUUGUUGUCAUUCCACUCCAGCAAUCAUGACGAACUUGAUGUUCCUUCAUUUGAUGUCGAGGCGCUUACAGAUAGGCUAGGCCAAGUAAUCGACGACAAAUUCCUUGCUUUCCGUCGCGAGCUCACCUCCCGGCAAAGCCCGAUAGCACCUUCCGAGGAAGUCAGAAAGGUCCUCCUUGAGUUUAUACCUGUGCUCGAGUCGCAGGUUCGAUCUUUGCUGUCAGAGCACCGCGCGAAUGCUGCCGACGACACGGCAGAUGCUCGUGGGGAAAUUGAUUACGACAUGAUCAGUUCCCUCAUCAAGCAAGGUCACCACGAUCUCCGCGCAUCCCUUCAGCGUGAUAUCACUGAAGUUACACAAUCUCUUGAGCCCCAGCCGCAGUUGAGUCAUCAAACGUCCCAGCUUGUUGAAGAGUUGGCUUCUCGUACAAUAGAUGCCGUCAACGACAAUGCCACCAGGAUCAUGGCUCAUCUCCACAUGAAAGAACAGGCAUCGCAUGCCGAAUCCAUUGAAGAUAACCAGGAAUCGAUUAUCCAAGGACUUCUGCGUCAUUUAGAACCCAGGCUCGAAUCGUUGCGUCAAGAGCCAUUCAAUCUUGAGCUUACAACGUCACAUCUUUCACAAGCUGUCCAACCGCAUAUUUCCCAACUCAUUGAUCUCGCUUCGGAUAAGAAGGAAACUGCUUCCUUGAUCGCGAAGGAGCUCAGACCGCUAUUCGAGUCCCUGGUGCCCUCAAUGCAUAACCUCGAGCAUGGGCUUCAGCAGAUGCCGUCGGAGUUGUCCAAAAUUGUGCCGCACCUUGAUGUUCAAUCGCUGAUGGGAGCCAUCGCGGGUUCAGUGCUGGAUAGAAUUGACCUUCGACUUUCUGAAUCUGAGAAGUCUCGAGCCUCUGACAAUGCCCCUGAGCGCCUCCAGUCGGCAGCCACGGCAUUCCAGAGCAACUCUACCAAUAUUAUUACUCUCCUCAAAGACCUUGCAUCUCAGAACGACGACCUACUUUCCAAACACACUUCUCUGCAGUCGGACCAUGCUGAUCUCGCGACAAAGCUCUCAUUGCUGCCGAGUCAGCUCGCAUCUGCAUCCGCUGCGAUUGCUCAAGCCCAACAGGAGAUUUAUUCGAAGGCUCAACUUCUGACCGAAACUAAGGAAUUACAGAUAGCGAUGGAACAGAACGUAGCCCUCCAACAAGAGUUAGCAGUUUCCCGUAAUUCUUUAUUGGAUGUGGAGAGAGACAAAAUCGGUUUGAGAGAUUCUUUAGCGAAAGCCCAAGCGGAAUUAACAACAAGUUUGGUGGAAGUCUCGGAGUUGAGAAAGAUGCAGGAGUCCCACGAAGAGGCUAUUCGGCAAACCAAGGCUACAGCAUCCAAGCACGAAGAUUCGCUUAAAUUCUUAGGCAAGGACCUCGAGCAGACCAAAGCUGCAUUGCGCGAGAAGGAGAAGGAAGUAAAAUCAUUGGAGCGCAAGGAAAACGACGCACGAGGUGCCAACGAGAAGCUUCGGGGCAAGCUGGCCGAUACAGAAGCAAAACUUCAAGUCGCUUUGAACGAUGUGAAGCACUCGAAAGCCUCUGCAGAUGCGCUUCUGAAAGAAAGCACCACUCUAGUUGCACAGCAAAGCCAUUGGAAUGAUCUCAAGCGUACAGUUGAGCAUGUCGAAAGCCUUAAAAAUCUUCUGGAGAAUCGUGCCAGACUGGACGCUCAGGAAGCUCAAAGGUUCCGUGAUCGCACAAACUCGCUUGAAGGAGAGCUUUCGGCCUUGCAGAAACUUCAUUCUGAACAAGAGAUCAAGUUGGGUAACAUGCAGCGCGCGGCGAUGGGCCAUAAGCAGUCCGUUGCCAAUGCCCAACAGCGCGCCUCUGAGUUCGAGAAGAAACUUAAAGGGUGCGAACAAGAAUUGCAGAACUGCGCCUUCAAGCUGGAUCAAAGUGAGGCGUCUCGCAAGGAGACAACAGACGAGCUUGAGGCUCUUAAGGUGCAGCUUCAGGAGUACGAAACUAACCUCCAAGCUGGUCAAGAACGUGAAACCCGACUCCAGAAUCAAAAUGCGACUCUCGAGCAAGAGACAAUGGAGCUGAAGGCUCAACUCGCGUCGGCCCACGCUAUUCCGACUACAUAUCCUAUGCCCACUAGUUACCUCCACUCGCCUGCAUCAUCAACUUAUUCACAUAAUCCCUCAUUCAUAAAUCCCCUUGAUACAACUUCUUUGGUGGAUUAUCCUAGCCGCCCUGGUACGGUUACGCCUGAACAAUCUAAUGGCGGACAAACACCGAUCGAAUCAGUUUGGCAAUCGAUGCAUGCCCCUGUUGAACCUCCACCUACUCCUCGCCCCAAGCAUCAGACAAUUAAACGUCAAUUCUAUGUCCCCCCCGGAUCACCGACCGGCUCCACUGCGUCAUUAGCUCCAACGUUAGGAGACGACGGCUGGUACUCAUAA